AUGGCCGAGGCCAAUGGGGGACGGGGGGAUGCUUGGGAUCGGGGGGGGGCUGGGACCCUUGGGGGCGAUUGGGGGACUCGUAACGUGGACUUCACGCUCUCGCGGCGCAGAUUCUCGGCACCCGAGUGCGCGGGCGGAACGCGGCUGUGGCUACCGGAGCAAGGGGCGGUCGCGGGCUGCGCAGGGAGGGUGGCGAGGCGGGCUGCACAGCGCGAGGGGCGCUGCGCUUCCGACUACGGGAGGCCACAGCGGAGGUGGGGCGGCUGCGAGGCCUCCUGGAGCAGAGCCGCACUGACCACCGGCGAGCCAUCUUUGAGCUGGAGGCCCUGCGCGAGAGGCUCGCCGCCGUGCGAGAGCUCGAAUGCCUCGACUCCCUUGACUCAUGCAGCGGCGACGCUGCGGGUGGCGAGCCGGCGACCGGCAUUUGGUCGCCCAGCAACCGGAGGAUCUCCGAGCCUGACACGGAGAAUGUUGGGGAGACCCAGGGGCCGACGUCGCCUGCACCACAAUGGCACGAGGCAUCGUCUGCGAACCUGGCGGAAAGUGCGGUGGAGUGCGGCUCGGGAUCGAAGUGCGAAGCAUCGGCGCUUGCUCGAGAGGAUCUCCAACUUGGAGGGGCUGCUGCAACUGGCGGAGGCCGCUGAGGCGGAGCGGGCGUGCCGCGAGCGAGCCCUGCAGGAGCAGGCGCGCGUGGCCCAGUUCAAGGCUACGCGACUGGAGGAGAGGCUGGCGGAGCAUGCCGAGACGGAACGACGGCUGGCUGAACGCUUCCAGCAGGUGGAGCGCCUGGAAGAAGAGAAGGAGGAGGUGGAGGAGGAGAUGAACGCACGUACGGAGCGCCUGGAUCGCCUGCUGCGGGAUGAGAGGGCACUCCGGGCACAGCUGGAGGUGUCGCUCGACGAGCUGACCACGCAGGUCUCCGAUCUGGAGUCCGAUCGCCGCAUGCUGCAAAAGCGCGUCUCUGAGCUGGAGGACGCCGUGACAGAGCACGAGCUGUCGAAGCGGCGCGCGGAGCGUCGGGCCACCCAACAGGCGGAGGUCGUGCGUGAAACCGUGGGGAGGGAGGGCCGGGCACGUGACCGGGCCACCCGCCUGGAGCGGCAGCUCGCCGAGAGGGCCACCGCCGAGGCUCGGCUGCAGCAGCAGUUGGACGAGGCGCGUCAAGAGCGCCACGCGGCCGAGAAGAAACUCGCUGAGCACAAAGUGGAUGCGGCCAAGAGCAGGCAGCCGGCGCUCGAGUUCCCGGAGAUUGCGCAAGAGCGGGAGCACCUCCACGAGCAGCUGAGCCUGGCAGUCGAGGCCUCCAUGAAUCCCGGUGGCGCCGGCGGCUCCCGUCUGCUCACUGUGCUGGAGGGAGAGCUCGCCGAGCAGGAGCAGCGUCUGGGGGAGCUCGAGCAGGAGAGGGACCGGUUGCGGGAGGAGCUGCAGGCCAAGGAGAGAAGCGAGCGCCACAUCAUCGAGCGGCUCCGUGUCACCGAAGAGCAGUGUGGUGUGGCGGACGAGAGGGCAUCUGCCCUACAGGAGCGACUGGUCCGUGGCGAGGCCCUGCUGGAGGCCAAGGCUGACACGGAGCGCGCAAUGACGGCUCGACUUGCUCAGCAGGAGGCUCUCCUGCAGGACAUGGAGGCCACACAUCAGCGACUCAUCAUCCGCAAUGAGGAGGUGCGCCGGCGCCAGCGCUCGCUCGGCGAGGAGCUCCACCGCUGGAGGGCGAGAGGAGGAGCGGCCGAGGCCUCCCUGGAGCAACUGAAUGGCGAGUGGCAGCGGGAGACUGCGCGGGCGCUGGCUGCUGAGGGAGCGGUCGCACGACUGCAGGAGGAGGUGGCUAUGCUGACCAAGAAGCUGGAGACGCAGCGAGUAGAGCACGAUGGCGCCAUGCACGCGGCGGCCUCCGCCCUCGCGGAGCGAGAGGCGGAGUGGGCGUCCACCCUGGCCCAAACGACGUGCGACGCGUCCGCGAGGGAGGCCCGUCUGUCCGCCACCAUUGAGCAGCUGGAAAUGGCGGGCGCAGAGCUGAGGCACGAGGCAUCGCGGCUAGGCCAGCGUGCCAAGGGGGCCGAGCGGGCCAGUGUGGCCCUGCGCUCCCAGCGGGACGAGGCCCGCGCUGAGCUCGCUCGCCUGGUUGAGCAGCUGGACAGAGCAAGUGCCACCGUGCGGGAGGAAAGGGAGUCCGGGGCCACCGCUCGCAAGGAGAGGGAUGCGGCCCAGGCCGCCCACGCGUCCCUCGCCCGCACAGAAGCUGCGCUGCGCAACAGGUGCUCCCAUCUGCAGCAGGACGUGCUCGAGGCUGGCGAGCGCGAGCGGAAAACCGGCAAAGAGCUGCAGGUGGCACGGACGCAAGUGGAGUCACUCACCCAAGAACUGGUUGCUCUCCAAGAGGAGCAGAGGUUUCUCCACGGGAAGGUCUCCUCCCUGCAGUGCUCUGAGGCCAAACUCCUGGACAGAGUGCAGGAGCUCGAAAAGUCUGAGGCCCGUCUCAAAGCUCAGCUAAAUGAGGCGGCAGGAGCGCAGGGGAGACUAGAGGGCCCAGGAGGGCCCAGGGGCCCUGGGGAGACCGAGGAGGCCCUGGAGGUGGUCACUCUGCAGACUCGGCUGCGCUCCUUGCUGUGCACGCAGCGUGACCUCCAAGCUACGGUGUCGGGCCUGAAGACCACGGAGCUGGUGCUGCGCGAGCGCCUCCGUCGUUCCCAGGAGCUGCUCCUCUCUAAGGAGGCAGAGCUCCGUGCUCAGGCCCGCUACUUCGAGCACUACAAGUGCACGCAGCGCGCCCAGUUGCAGGCCCUGCAGGGGCGGCAGGAGGAGCCGGGAGGGUCGGCAGCCCCGAGUGCCACGGAACUGGGUCUGGAGCCGCUGGCCGUCGGUGACGACGAUCACCAGGGCGACACCGUGGAAACGAGCGAGUCUUUGGCCGUCCUGCAGCAGCACACGCUUGGCAGGUUCUCCUGCUGCCUGCAGCUGGGCGAUGAGGCCCUGAUCCAGGAGCGAGAGGCUCUGCGUGAUGAAGCGAGGCUGCACGAGGAGUUGGAGAAGGAGCGGAGGGCGAGGGUGGAGGUGCAAGAGAAUCUGGAGCAAGCGCUGGAGAGCGAGGUGCUUCUCAUGCGCAGGCUGGAGGAGAUGAAGGCCCGGAUCGGCGAGCUCAAGCUGCCGGGAGAGAGAGCAUCUCAUGCGCUGCAGGCAGAGAAUUCUGCACUACAGGAGGACACAGCAAGCCUACAGGCAGAGAACACAACACUGCAGACUGACUGUAUAACAUUACAAGCAACUGUUGCCAAACUACAAGUAGACAUUGCAAACCUGCACACAGACAGCACCAAGUUACAGGCAGACAAUGUAAAACUACAAGCCGAUAAUACCACAUUACACAUGCACAAUACUACAUUGCAGGUGGAUAACACGAUGUUACAAGAAAACAUUGUAAGAUUACAGACGGACAGCACCAUAUUACAUGCAAAGAAUGAGAGAUUACAGGCAUCCGAUGAAAAGUUACAGGCAGACAAUGUCACAUCACAGCAAGAGAUCACCAAGUUACAGGCAGACAUUGUCACAUUACAGCAAGACAACACCAAGUUACAGGCUGUCACAUCACAGCAAGAGAUCACCAAGUUACAGGCAGACAAUGUCACAUCACAGCAAGAGAACACCAAGUUACAGGCAGACAAUGUCACAUUACAGCAAGAGAUCACCAAGUUACAGGCAGACAAUGUCACAUCACAGCAAGAGAUCACCAAGUUACAGGCAGACAAUGUCACAUUACAGCAAGAGAUCACCAAGUUACAGGCAGACAAUGUCACAUCACAGCAAGAGAUCACCAAGUUACAGGCAGACAAUGUCACAUCACAGCAAGACAACACCAAGUUACAGGCAGACAAUGUCACAUCACAGCAAGAGAUCACCAAGUUACAGGCAGACAAUGCCACAUCACAGCAAGACAACACCAAGUUACAGGCAGACAAUGUCACAUCACAGCAAGAGAUCACCAAGUUACAGGCAGACAAUGUCACAUCACAGCAAGAGAUCCCCAAGUUACAGGCAGACAAUGUCACAUCGCAGCAAGAGAUCACCAAGUUACAGGCAGACAAUGUCACAUUACAGCAAGAGAUCACCAAGAUACAAGCAGACAAUGUCACAUCACAGCAAGAGAUCACCAAGUUACAGGCAGACAAUGUCACAUCGCAGCAAGAGAUCACCAUGUUACAGGCAGACAAUGUCACAUCACAGCAAGACAACACCAAGUUACAGGCAGACAAUGUCACAUCACAGCAAGAGAUCACCAAGUUACAGGCAGACAAUGUCACAUCGCAGCAAGAGAUCACCAAGUUACAGGCAGACAAUGCCACAUCACAGCAAGAGAUCACCAAGUUACAGGCAGACAAUGUCACAUCACAGCAAGAGAACACCAAGUUACAGGCAGACAAUGUCACAUCACAGCAAGAGAUCACCAAGUUACAGGCAGACAAUGUCAUAUCACAGCAAGAGAUCACCAAGUUACAGGCAGACAAUGUCACAUUACAGCAAGAGAUCACCAAGUUACAGGCACACAAUGUCACAUCACAGCAAGAGAUCACCAAGUUACAGGCAGACAAUGUCACAUCACAGCAAGAGAACACCAAGUUACAGGCAGACAAUGUCACAUCACAGCAAGAGAUCACCAAGUUACAGGCAGACAAUGUCAUAUCACAGCAAGAGAUCACCAAGUUACAGGCAGAAAAUGUCACAUUACAGCAAGAGAUCACCAAGUUACAGGCACACAAUGUCACAUCACAGCAAGAGAUCACCAAGUUACAGGCAGACAAUGUCACAUCACAGCAAGAGAUCACCAAGUUACAGGCAGACAAUGUCACAUCACAGCAAGAGAUCACCAAGUUACAGGCAGACAAUGUCACAUCACAGCAAGAGAUCACCAAGUUACAGGCAGACAAUGUCACAUCACAGCAAGAGAUCACCAAGUUACAGGCAGACAAUGUCAUAUCACAGCAAGAGAUCACCAAGUUACAGGCAGACAAUGUCACAUCACAGCAAGAGAUCACCAAGUUACAGGCAGACAAUGUCACAUCACAGCAAGAGAUCACCAAGUUACAGGCAGACAAUGUCACAUCACAGCAAGAGAUCACCAAGUUACAGGCAGACAAUGUCACAUCACAGCAAGAGAUCACCAAGUUACAGGCAGACAAUAUCACAUCACAGCAAGAGAUCACCAAGAUACAAGCAGACAAUGUCACAUCACAGCAAGAGAUCACCAAGUUACAGGCAGACAAUGUCACAUCACAGCAAGAGAUCACCAAGUUACAGGCAGACAAUGUCACAUCACAGCAAGAGAUCACCAAGUUACAGGCAGACAAUGUCACAUCACAGCAAGAGAUCACCAAGUUACAGGCAGACAAUGCCACAUCACAGCAAGAGAUCACCAAGUUACAGGCAGACAAUGUCACAUCGCAGCAAGAGAUCACCAAGUUACAGGCAGACAAUGUCACAUUACAGCAAGAGAUCACCAAGUUACAGGCAGACAAUAUCACAUCACAGCAAGAGAUCACCAAGAUACAGGCAGACAAUGUCACAUCACAGCAAGAGAUCACCAAGUUACAGGCAGACAAUGUCACAUCACAGCAAGAGAUCACCAAGUUACAGGCAGACAAUGUCACAUCACAGCAAGAGAUCACCAAGUUACAGGCAGACAAUGUCACAUCACAGCAAGACAACACCAAGUUACAGGCAGACAAUGUCACAUUGGAGAUUGAGAGGAGGCAGCUGCAGUGCAUCAGCUGCAAGCUGGUGGCUGCAAGAAGCGAGCUGAGGCGCAGCACGGAGGAUGACUCGAGUGAGGAGGAGCAGAAAGAGCAGCCCACACCGGCCACGAAGCUGAACAACGGCGGUGAGGACAGCUGCCCGGCACGAUCCUGUGUGGACGCCACAGCCCAGCACACGACCAGGCCUCCCUGUGCACUCACCACGGCCUCUCCAAAGAGCAGGAGGCUGAUUCAACUGUGCAAGUCCAUCGCAGACAGCAUGGGAGAAGAUGAGAAGCCAACGCGAUAUCAGGAGCUCAAGCAGUCACUUCUCCAACUGCGCUCUCAGCUGAAGAGUGGAGAGAUGGUGUUUUGGGACGAGCUCCUAGAACGCCGCUGGAGGAACGCGAUGGACCCGACCCUCAACAAGAAUCUGCAGACGACACUGACCCUGGGCACCAUCACCAAGGAGCCAGGUGAGCCAGGUCCGACUGCCCUGCUGGCCUGGCUGGAGGGAGUGUGCGAGGGCCACUCCGAGACGGCCGGGGAGACUCACGCUGCUCGCCAGCAGGAGGGGCAUGCGUGUGCAGAGCGGCAGGAACACUCGCGCGGAGCACAAGAGAUGGCUGACAGCGCCACUCUCUGUGGCCUCUCCGAUUCCACAAGCAGGGAGGGGAGUGAGGAGAGGGAGGGGAGUGACGAGAGGGAGGACGUGGAAGAGGUAAAUGCAGAAGAUAGAAACAGAAGCCACGGCAGUCAAGACAACGGUGUCACCAGCAGCAGCUGUUGCAGGCCAGAAGACACUCUGAUACAUGAGAACCAGCUCCUGAUGGAAAGGUUGAGCCAACUCGAGGGAGAGAACCUCCUCUUUGUGACCAAGAACAACAUCAUGAAGGGAAAGAUGGAGAGAAUAGCCCGGGAGCGAGAGCCGGGCGGUGACAAAAACACCAAUGCCCGGGCAGAGCGACGCGGGGCAGCCGGCGAGGGUGAUGCGCAAGAGCAGCUGGCGGGCACCCGGAGUCGCCACCACACUCAGCUGGGAAGGGGCUGCAGUCGGAGCGACGCGGCGUGCAUGACAGACACAGAAAUGGGACGGCAGCGUUCGGCAAUCACGGAUGGAACGAGCCUCACGACCGACACGGCAGACGCUCCGGUUUCGUCGGAAAUGUCUGCCUUGCUCAGGUCUCUCCAAGAGCAGCUGCAGCGGAGCGAGGCGGAGCGUGGCAUGCUGCAGGGGAGGCUGUCGGCGCUGCGGGACGACGAGAAGGAGGCGAGGGAAGGACGGGAGGACGUGCGCAUUCAACGCGACGUCCAAGAACUGCGGGCGAGUUGCGGUGGCAGAUUCCGGCCCGCCGCCGUCUUCGCGUCAGAAAGUCCGAGCAGGGAGCCGGGCGCAUGGAGCACGACAGCUGCGAUGGCGCAAGAAGUCGGAAAGUUGGAGCGCGAGAACACGCUGCUGGAGCAACGCAUCGCCGCACUCGAGCGAGAUGGAUCCCAGCGACGCGCUGACGGGGGAAGGCUGCCGGCGUCGUGCGGAGAUGGCGAGCGGGAGGGGCCCGACAUUUGGGUUCCGCGGCGCGAGGCGGAAGCCCUUCAGGGACGUGCGGUAGCCACCCUGCCGAAGUGGGGCGGAGCAGGGGGAACACAUCCACAAGGGCCGGCUCAGUACGGAGAGCAGCCAGAGAACGAAGAGAGAGACCACAGGGAGAGCAGCAGCACCAGGGAGGGCAGCACGGACAUCAACUUUCUGCUGCAGAGCUACAAGAGUCUCAAGAGCCAGAUCGCAUUGCUCCAACAAAAGAGGAUUGAGGCCGAGCUUGCUGUGGCUCCGCUCAAGGCGCGACUGGCGAACGUCGUGGGGAAGUGCGGCGCACGAGGUGCCCUGCUCUGUCGCCUGGUGGAGGAGCUGCGGGCCCUGGGUGUGGCCGGCAGCCCCCUGGUGCAGGAGGCCGAGGAGGCGCUGCACGACGCCACCAUGGAUGACUACCUCCUCGAGUACCUACCCAGGAGCGGCUCGAAAGGCGACCCCCCAGCGACCAGCCGCUGCACCGACUCCCACACUGAUGCCGCGGGGUCCUCCGAGCCUGUACAUGGUUAUGGGGCCUCCUGGCAUUGCAAGAGAACCCACCUACUGCAACAAGACAACCGCCUUGCAGGAGGCCUAACCCUGCUCUUGAGCUCACAGAGCCGGGCCGGCAGUCCCGACCGUGACACUGGGAGCUACGGGGCAGGACCAGAGCUGGCCUCCUACAUAGCGCUGUGUGACUACCAGCCUCCUGCAGAUGCACCGAUCUCUGACCUGCCCCUGCUGGGGCUACGCGCAGGGGAGGUGGUUCGUGUGGCCAUCCUCGCUGACGGCCCGAGGCUGCGGACGGCGGGGCUGCGGCACGCUGAGGUCAGAGGUCGCCUGGGCUUGGUGCCGGCUCGUUGCCUGGAGCCGCUGGGAGACGUCGCCUCGCCCGGACUGGAGCAGCGACUCCACCUGGAGCAGCAGCAGCAGCUCUCCUCGCUGUGCGGAGCGGCCCAGGAUCCCGGUGCGGAGCUGAGUCAGUGCCGGGCCCGGAGCCCCGCACAGAGGCGCGUGCCCCCGUGGCUCACAAGCUCCUCUGACGACGAUGAUUACGACGAUUAUGAGGAAAACGAGUUCUACAGUGAACAGUUUGUAGACUUUGAUGAUGGUGAAGAGUCCGAGGAUGGGGCAGCAGACGGGGCACGUCCUAGGAGCGAGUGCCACCAUGUCGGCAGCUCGAUGAGCAACAGCUCUCGGGCCAGUGAUCACGGCGGCAUGGAUGCAGUGGAGGCCACUUACAGCUGAGCGCCCCCUCCAGCCUCGCCACUCUUCCGUGCGUUCACGGUGGAACGCGAGCUCAGGCCCUGGACGCCGCCUCCGCUGGCUGCCGUGCUCACCUUGUGGCUUUACCUCCUCCACCGCCACCUCCUCGGCAUCAGAGAGCAACUGCGCUCACGACCUCCACCUGGCGACACCCUAUAUGACCCGCACCUCACUCACAGCACACCACACGCACAGCACACUGGCUCACACCAGACGCACAUCAUACUCAAUCACAGCGCACUCGUGCAUUCACUGACGCUGCUCUCACACCGGGUUUCUUUCACGUUCCCAGCAGUCCUGGGAGCCGUCAGGAAGGGGGCCCAAACCCCCGUCCCCUCUGAGCGCCCCCUCCGUGCACAGUCCUGGGUGGGGUUCAUAUUGAGGUUCCGUCCCGUCUUGGCCCCAUGGGCCCGGCUUGUUGCUCAGGCAACGGCGCCUCAGGAAGUGAGGGUCUCAACAGACACGGGGCCCCGGGGGCAGAGCGGGUCCGUGGGGCCCCCCACACGGAUGAUGAUGAUGAUGUAUCAUAACAAUUUGGAUUUAUAUUCACGGUUGUACAUAGGCGGCAGCGCUGUAAUUAGCCGCCUUUUUUGCUAUCGUUGCAUUUGAAACCCCCACGUGAUGAACGUGGGGACGAGGGUUUCACCUCGACGAACAUUGACGAAUGGGCGGGCAAGCGAGCCAAGCGAGCGAUGUGCAUCUCGGGGUCGCUGGCUCGCGGUCGGAGAAGCGCAGGGUGCCUGGAGCCACGUGUCACCCCCCCCCCCGCGUUUAUAUUAAACUGCACCGCGCGCGUGCGGUGUGGGCACAGUG